GCGAGUAAGACAAGUGGACGGACGACAGUGCACUACGAAGAGAUAGCGAUUGUGGAAUCACAAUUCACACGACGUAUAAGACGUAACGUUAAAUUUGUUAUCCUUGCACAAUGGAGGAUUUAGAGGAUUUGAUGGCAAACGAAGUAGUGCUAGAUAGAUGCGGCAACUGGGUGGAAUCCCAAAAGAAUUGUUUCUAUACCAAAGAGGAUUCCCUCAAACAAAAGCUAGAUGAAUUGGAGUGCGAUGAUUGGUACAACACGGACUCGGAAUUCGAUUCUGUCUCAGAAUGUGGCGGGAAAAAACGUAAAGUGGGAACGCAACUGAAGGACGAAGUGCUGGAUCUGAUCUGCGAGUGGAAGGAAUGCACGUUUCGCAGCAAUCAUUUGGACAAAUUUUUGAGGCAUGUCUCGAGUCACAUACCUAACAUACAAAUAAGCAUAAAAAACGAUAACGAGGUAUAUGUGUGUCAAUGGAAAGAUUGUCCAUAUAACACCGAUGUAGACGACGAAGUAAUACGGCAUGUCAAUUAUCAUGCCUAUCACACUAAGUUGAAGUGUAUUGGAUCCAAUGUUCGCGCAAAAAUCAAACUACCCAAAUGUCAUAGAGAUGCAGAAUGGAAGAACAUUUUAGAUUCUCCACCUCCACAUUUGUGCAGAUGGGAAGAGUGCUUGAAACUGUUCACAAAUUAUCAAAUGUACUUGUAUCAUGUUACUGUACACAUGACUGAUUGCCCGCGUGGCAACAGAAUCAAAGACGGAGUCGAUUGCAAAUGGACCGGGUGCAAUGGCAAAUAUACUAGCUUAUACAAAUUACGAGAUCAUGUAAGAUGUCAUACCAAAGAGAAAAUAAUUGCUUGCCCAGACUGCGGUGUCACGUUCGCCUCAAAGACGAAAUUUCACAUACAUUGCCAGCGACAAAUUCCCUUGGAAGUGCAAGGAUUCCGUUGUUCACACUGCAACAAGUUUUAUCCGACCGAAGGAAUUUUGCGUGAUCACAUGAGAUCUCAUGUGUUCAAUUAUAAAUGUACUCUAUGUGACAUGAGCUGUGAAUCGCCGUCGGGCUUGGCAAAACACGUCAGAUACCGUCACAUGUCAACCAGAACAUUUCCAUGUCAAUUGUGUUCGCAUGCUGCCAAGUCGCAACAGGAUCUUGAUUCUCAUAUGACUGUCCAUACUAAUGGACCGAAUUUUUCUUGCUACUUCGAGGGAUGUCUUUACACGUGCAAAGGAGCUUACACCUUGGAUAGGCACUUAGAACGAGUACAUAGUUUAGCGGUGCGAUGGUACUGUUGUCACGAAUGCCCGAUUAAAUAUCGAAAGAGUUAUAGAUUGACAAAGCAUCUUAUAGAAGCCCAUCGAUUGCAAUUGCCCAGCGGACACAAACGCUUCCAUUAUACGCAGGAAGAAGACGGAUGUUAUAGGCUACAGAUGGUUCGAUACGAAGCUGUGGAUGAAGAAAACAUGUUGCCCGUCGAAGAGGCGGAUUUACCAGAUAAAAAAUAUAAAAUAGAGCUCAAUCAAACUACCUCGCUGACAACAGUAAAAAUUGUUGAAGAUAAUUCAGAAGAAGAAAUGAAAGAAGCUGCACAAGAUUCUCAAGAGGAAACGGCAGAGAAUGGCGUUGACAAGUUUGUACCUGUUAUAUCUAAUAUUUUAAUAUCUAUCGAUGAUGUAGACGAAAAAGGGAAUAUCAUAAAACAGGAGAUCGUCGAGAUACAAGAAACAAAAGAACUACCGCCAUCGGAAAAACCAUUGCUAAUUUUAACAUAA